GAUGUCUCAGGAACAACGUAUUACGUAGACUAAAUUUUGCAACUCAGUAGUUGUUGCAAUUUCCCACACCGCAACAAUUGGUGUGUUGCGGGAUCUGGAUCCCUCGUCUCCCAUGCUCCUCGCAAGCCCUCGUCAAUCAGAAGCCCCCACCAGCAAACAUCCAACGAUGCUGCCGACAAGCACGACCGCCGUUGCCGGCAAACACGCCGACGAGGCCGCCGACAAGCACAAGUAGUCACCCCGCGUUCCUUCCGAGCUCCCUCUCAAACUGACACCUCCCCAGGCUGCUCCAACCGCCGCCAUCAGGGCUUGCCGUCGGCAAGCAUGUCGACACGGUCGCCCUGGAGGAGCACCGGCUUCCAUGCUGACCUAUGUCGGAUCAGGGAAUACAUGCUGCUUCUGUUCGAGACACCCUCUGGCUUUGCAGUCUUCCUUUUUUGUGGGUCACUCAUUAACCCACCUAGAUCUCUGGAGGACAUAUGGCUUAAUUUCGCUGACAGUAACACGGCAAAAGGGGUUGUUUUGCUGAUGGAGUUCCAAACUUUUGAGGACAAGUCCAGUGCCAUUAAUCAGAACACUGGUGUCAGUGAAAGGCUUGCUGACAUGAUCAGGGCGUGGCUCCCUGGUAAGAAAAUGGCAGUCGGAAAGCCUGAAUAUAAGGAAAUCAUUGAAGAGAGAUUGGAAAUAGAAUGCCUGUAUAAUAAACGGGUGAUGGAGGUAAUGUGGGGCAUACAGAAUUGCAUGCCAGGUUUGAUACCUAUAGAAAAAUCACAGCUGGCUAAAGAGGACCGCCUCCCGAGUAAGGGAUUGCAAAAAUUCUUGAAGUGUUAUGACUGUAAUGUCAAACCAGAGAUGGUCAAUGAACAAAUUGUUGCGACGGCUUCCGCAUUGUCUGAGUGUGAUUCUGUUGAGAUGAAAUAUUCUGUAGUCAUGCGCGAAGCAGGUGCUGUCAUUAAGGAUGUGUCUGGCAUCAGCUGUGAGGGUUGGAGCUUACUGGACAUUGCAACAGCUCUGAAGAUGAUAUGGAAGCCUAAAAAAGUUGGCAAUUCUUCUCUGGUUUCAAAAGAUGAGGCACUAAGAUUGGUGAACGAUGCAUCUAAAUAUGAAGCUCUGGUGAAUAAGCAUGCUUGUUUUUUUCCGAGAAAAUGCAAAAGACCUUUGUGUUUCAUUUCAUUGACAAAGAAAUGUUGAAAGCUCAUGAUUAUAGGAUCUCGAAAGAAGACCUACUGAAAUCAUUGGUUGAGGGCCUGAAGAAACCAUAAGGCUCACGGCUAGCUGAAACUGCCUGUUCAUAGUCUGAUGGGAGUUUUUGGCAUGUUGGUUCACAGGGUAUUAUUGAACAUAAGCUGAUCUUGGUUGACUUCAUUGCAGUCUCAGUCUGAGAUGAUCCGUACGAAAAAGUGCAGUGCUAAUUAAAUUUGAGCAACCCUGCUUAAUUGGCUAUCAAGUAUUUUGCUAUCUUAAUUUGAACCUAUUGUUUUUAUCUGGUCAUAUGGAAUCUCAGAUCGGUUACGUCUAAGUAUGUGUUUUGUGAAGGAGUAGCCGGGUGCAUGCACAGCGUUACACCUCGUAGGUGAUGUGUAUGUAUCCUGUGUAAAAUGCAAAUAUAUCCUGUCUCAUGUUGUGUAGUAUUUCACCUGCAAUAUUGCACAAUGUGCUUG